CAAAAAAAACAAACAAAGUAACAACAAUCACAAAUAGAAAUAUUAUGUAUAAGUAUUACUUACUAAGUACACCGCUUAAAAUGUUUUUUUACUUUAUUGCGAAGUUUCACUGAUUUAACCAACGAUUACUUCUAAUCGUUCCUCAAAAGAAAGAGUUAUACAGUGUUGUUAUGCUGUUUUAUAUAGUAGCGUAAAUAACUUACUAGCUAGUGAUUAAAUAAUAAUGAUUUUCAACACUAAUAUUAUAUUAGGAACAGUAGUCUUAUGCACAAUACAGUAUGCAAUAAGUUCGCCUUCUUCAGUUCUGAACAAAUCGCCAAGAGAUCGAUAUGUUGCCGACUUAAGAGAAUGUGGUAAUUUUGAAAAGCAGUGCUUCCACUUAGAAGAUGAUAUGGCACUACUUUCAUGUGCUUUAAAUAUAACACAUAAUAACAAAUCCCAGAUAACAUUUAUUUGUCAACAUAAAAUAUGGUUACAUCAGUCAGAAUUAUUAGAUAAUAUUUUUCUUGAAUACAAAUUGACAAAUGUUUGUGGAAAAGAACAAACAAUAUUAGACUGUCUUAAUCCAACAGUAAAUGUGUUUGACUGUGUUUUAAAAACUAAAUCAAGUGUUAAAGAUAAAAUUUGUUGGAAGACAAUUAACAAAAUUGAAUUAUUAGUUUUCAAUGAUUGGCAAAUAACAAGGAAUUUUAUGAAAAAUUGUUUCAAUGAUAUUCAAGCUCUGUCCUGUGGAAGAAUUCCCCCUGAUCCUAAAAGUCUUUCACAAGUUCAUACAUUGAAAUGCCUGCAGAAUCAUCAGCAAAACCUACAUUCAGAAUGUCAAAAAGAAAUUAAUGUUCUUCAAGAAAUGAAAUAUUCUACAUUUCAAUUAGACAAAAUAGUGUUUGCUGCCUGUAACAUAGAUCAGAAAAAUUUUUGUCCAGAUGAAUUACCGGGAUCUUUGUUAAUGUACAAAUGUCUCAUAAGACAUAAAUAUGAAAAUGGUAUGACAAAGAGAUGCCAAGACCAGUUAUUUUAUGCACAAAGAAAUAUAAUUAUGAAUUAUAAGCUAAGCAGAGGCCUUGUUAAAUCUUGCAAAGAUGAUAUCAAGAAAUAUCACUGCCGUAAAGGUGUAGUGGAUGAUAAAGAUGUAAGACUUGCACAAAUAUUAUUAUGUUUAGAAACAGUAGCUAGAAAUGACAGUACAAAAUUAGCCCCAGAAUGUAUUGCAGAGAUGUCAGACCAUAGGAAAAUGUUGAUGGAUGAUUAUAGACUAUCACCAGAGUUGAUGCAGAAUUGUGCUAAUGACAUAACGAUGCUCUGUAGAGGUGUCGAAAUUGGGGGAAAAACUAUCCACUGUUUGAUGGAACAUUCUAGGCCUAGAAAACGCAAAGAAAAAAGAAUCAGUAUACCAUGCCAAAAAUCACUAGAGCAUCUUAUACAAGAGGCAGAUCCGGGAGAAGAUUGGAGAGUAGAUCCUGUAUUAAGGAAAGCAUGUAAACCAGUUGUUGAUAGAGCAUGUAGGGAAGUCAAUGGAGGUAAUGGAAGGGUAAUGUCAUGUUUGAUGGAAAAGAUUGGUAGCAUGCUUAUGACCAGUGAAUGUGAAACAGCACUCAUGCAAAUUCAGUAUUUUGUAUCCAGAGACUUCAAACUAGAUCCACAACUGUACAAAGCCUGUAGAUAUGAUGCAGUAACUCACUGUAAGGCAAAACUGCAAUGGGCAGAUGCUAGCGAGCACCAGUCAUUAAAGGAUCCAAUGAUUUUGCCCUGUUUGUUUAAUUAUGCUUACAAUACUGAUCUGAGAGGCACUUUGCAGCCUGGAUGUGAGCAGCAGGUAAAGAGAGUUAUGCGACAAAGAGCAGUCAGUGUCGACUUACUUCCUGAAAUUGCGGAUGCUUGUAUAGAUGAUAUGGCAAAUUUAUGCUUUGAAAACACAGGCAAAGGUGAAGAAAUCUUGUGUCUGCAAAACAAGAUUAAUGAUUUAUCUAGUAAGUGUAAAGAAAUAGUUACAAAUUUUACAGAGGCUCAAAGUGGUCAUAUUGAGCUAAAUGCUGUAAUUAGCACAAAUUGUAGAGGUCCAAUAGAGAAAAUAUGUUCUUUUGAACUAAAAAGCAAGACAGAUGAAGAUGGUGUUCUAGAAUGUCUGAUUACACAUAAAAAUGAUCCUGAAAUGAAGGCCAAUAUUAAAUGCCGGGCAGCUAUUGAACAUGAACAGCUCAUAUCAUUAAAGAAUUAUAGAUUUACCAGAAAAUUUAAAAAUGCUUGUAAAUCUUAUGUAGUUAGGUUUUGUCCCAAAGCUCAAACUAAAAGUCAGGUUGUGACUUGUUUAAGUGAAAUUGUAAGAAAUGAUACAUUGAAUAGAAGAAAGCACACAAUUUACAAAGAAUGUCGCCAACAAUUAAGAAGUCAAUUAUUUCAACAAAAAGAAAAUGUUGAUUUAGAUCCAGAACUUAAGGAGGCAUGUAAGAGAGAUUUAUUUGAAUUAUGUCCAAAUAUACCUCAUGGAGAGUCUGCUGCUUUGGAAUGUUUGCAAACAGCAAAAAUUAAACUUAGGGAGAAUUGUAGAAAAGCUUUAUUUGUUGUGAGGAAACAAGAAUUUACUGACAAUGGAGUUGAUUAUCAUUUGAUGACAAGUUGCAGUGAUAUGAUAGAUUUGUAUUGUCACAAUACUGAGCCUACAAUACUGUUAGAUUGUUUGAAGGUACACCAUAAUCAACCAGAUUUUGAUAAGAAUUGUAAUAUUGUUGUCACAAACAGGAUGAUUGAACAGAAUAUGGAUUAUAGGUUUAACAAUAAUUUACAAAGUGCCUGUAAAGGAGAUAUACAUAAAUUUUGCUCUAACAUUAUUUUACAUGAGCCAAAGGAUGUGGAACUUCAGGGUAAAGUAUUAUAUUGUUUAAAAGAAAAAUUCAGAGAAUCUAAAUUGGAGGGUACCUGUGAAAAUGAGCUAGCUAAUGUUUUAAAAGAACAAGCAUUGAAUUAUCGACUUGAUCCUUUACUUGGAAAACUAUGUAAAGCUGAAAUUCAAACAAUAUGUGCCAAACCAAAUGAUUCCAUUACAAAUUCUGAUGGACAGGUUGAAGAAUGCUUAAAAAAUGCUCUUCUUAAUCACAAAAUAGUAUCUGCGGAAUGUGCACAAGAGGUUGUGCAAAUAAUUGAAGAAACCGAAGUAGAUAUUGAAGCAGACCCCUUGCUUGAAAGAGCUUGUGCUUUAGACUUGCUCAAAUAUUGUAAAGACCUUGAGCAUGGUGCUGGAAGACGAUUGAAAUGUCUGAAAAUUAUACUUAACGACAGUAACAGGAAAUUGGAGGUAGAGUGUGAAAAAGAACUAUCUAGCAGAUUAGAAAUGUACAGAUAUGUAGCUGCUGUAAAUGUUGUAGAGAAUUUUGGAGAUGUGUACAAUGAAAUAAGUUUAUCCCCAUCUAAGAAGUACUUCUUAGUAGUUUUCUUCUCGGUCAUAGGACUAAUAUUUAUAUUUGGAUUGUACUGUGGUAGAAUAACAAAACGAGCAAUGUAUAUAAAGAGAAAAUAAGAUUAUAAAUAUAGAAAAUAUGUAUAUUCAUUAAACUUAAAUAAUAACAA